AUGGAGGUGAAGGGGGAGAGGAGAGGAGAGCAGGGGGAGGAUCCAGCGCUGCGGCCGUCUUUCUUUUCACUAACUCUGGAGUUGAGUUUAGAAAAGCCUGAAAUGACUGAGAAAGCAAUGAGCUGCGAGCAGCAGUGAUCCUGGACUAAAGUCUGAAUCCUCAGCACAGACGGCUUCUUUCCUGCAGUCUGCAGCAGAUUUACAGCUAAACUAUGACAAGGUGAAGAGAGUUUCCCUCUUGUCUCACGCUUACAGGAGCUGCUAACUCUCCACUAAACAAGAUGGAGGAGGGAUAUGAACUCGACCUCACCUAUGUGACGGAGCGCAUUAUCGCCGUGUCCUUCCCUCAAGACUGCUUCGAGGAGACGUACCUGCGCAACCUGAGAGACGUCACACGCAUGCUCAAGUCCAAACACGCAGACAACUAUCUGGUGAUCAACCUGUCAGAGAGAAAGCAGGAGCUCACUAAGAUGAACCCUAAGACUCUGGACACGGGAUGGCCGGACUUCCACGCUCCUCCUCUGGAUAAGAUUUGCUCCAUCUGUAAGGCCAUAGAGGACUGGCUGAACGCCGAUCCGCUGCACGUGGUGGUCAUUCACUGCAGGGGAGGGAAGGGCAGGAUCGGAGUGGUCAUCUCCUGCUUUGUUCAUUUCACAGCCGUCUCUGCCAGUGCGGAUCAGGCUUUAGAUCGCUUCGCCAUGAGGAAGUUCUAUGAUGACAAGGUUUCUGCGUUGAUGACGCCGUCUCAGAAAAGGUACGUGUGGAUCCUCAGCAGUCUCCUGAGCGGCUCCAUCAAGAUGAACACGUCUUCUCUCUUCCUCCACUGCAUCAUCAUUCAUGGCAUCCCUCACUUCGACCCUGCAGGAGUGUGUCAGCCGUAUCUGAAGGUGUAUCAGGGGAUGCAGGCGGUCUCUGUCUCAGGAGUCUAUCACGUUGGAGCCGCUCACAGAGACAGGAUCUGCAUCGCCCUCGAACCAGCACAGCUACUGAAGGGAGAUAUUCUGGUGAAAUGCUUCCAUAAGAGCAGCCGGUCUGAGCGAGACGUUAUAUUCAGAGUUCAGUUUCACACGGGUGCCGUUCAGGCCUACAGCCUCGUGUUUCAGAAAGACGACAUGGAGCACGCUAACAAAGAUGCCAGAUUUCCAGAUUAUGGGAAAGUGGAGUUGGUGUUCUCUGAUGGCCCAGAAAGAAUUUCAGGUUCAGAGCGCUGGCACAACGGUCCAGAUGUGACCGUCGACUACAUGAGCACAGAUUCACUCUCUAAAUGGAACUCCUACCAGAACAUCUGCACUGCAGAAGCGACUCCUCUCCAGUCUCCUGCUCUCACACUGGACCGAUGCUCGGUGAGGAGGAACGGCAGCAGGAGCGCCACGCUCUCCUCCAGUCCUGACCACACGCUCUCGGCCAGCAGCGACUCAGGCUUGUCCAGUGCCUCGCUGCGCACCGACGGCUGGCCCAGAACCCCGCAGCCCAGCCAGCAGGAGCGUGUGGAGCUCAAGCGGUUGCUCAGUGGCUUCGGCCUGGACGAGACGAGUCGAGGCUGCACCGCAACGGAGCCGCCGCUCUUGGGCCCGCCACCGAGCCACGAGAAUGCACCGAAGGAGCGCGAGACCGACAUCCUGGACGACGAAGCGCUGGCCUCACGGCACGACCUGCACAGCGUGGAUAGUCUGGGCACGCUCUCCUCGUCCUAUCACAAGAGCAACCAGAACUCGCUGCUGUCCGACGGCUUUGGAGCAGACGAGCCUCAUGUGUUCCAGCAUGCCGGAUACUACACGCAGACCUGGGUCCAUCAGCAGCAGCUGGUCGCCGUUCAGCAGUACCUGUUCCUGCCGGAGGAGGACGCCACAGAGCAGCGCUUCCACAGCCGCAUGCAGCAGCUGCUGCCUAAAGCCGCCGUGCAGAGCAGCUGUCUGUCGAGCCCCUCCGUCUCUCAGAGCCAAGACGUGGAGAAGAAACACGAUGAGGAGUUCAGCUCUCUGACGCUGGACAUCGAUAACUCCAUCCAUCAGCUCAACCAGCUCAUCCUGGACCUGGAUCCCACCUUCGUGCCGGUUUCCACCAAAGCCAGCUGCUUCAGCGGAGCAAACACACAGACUCGUCAGACGGAGCACAGAUUCAUUAUGAGCCCAAAGUCGAGUGACAUGACGCAGCUCACUGGAGCACGAGGACAGACGGCCUGGACACUGAACCUGAACACAGCAGACACACACACACUGAACGCUGCUGCACCGCACACACAGUCUCUGUCUCCAGUGAAGAGCAUGAUGGGCUACUCAGCGUUCAGACAGACGCCGUCUCCUUCAUUUGGAUCCUGUAGAGCUGAACACGAUAUGAGAGAGAAUGCAGGAUUCAUGGGAGCUUCAAAUGAAGGUUUCCAGCAUCACAGACCGUACAUCACUGGAGUCACGGCCUUCUCUGAUCAGUCUGCAGACUGCGUGAGCUUCGCCCCGUCCUCCUCCGGCCCGUCUCUGCCCGCUCCGAACGCCCACAGCUCUCCUCUCAGCGGCCCGAGAGCCCGAGUCCUGCAGCAGCCUUUUGAGGAGAAGCUGGAGGCACUGGAGUCUGACGGCGAGCUGUCGCAGGGUUCGGCGUCUCCCAGCGGUUUCUCCAGUCCUCACAGCGUCUCUUUGCUCAGCAUCCCCUUCCCCAGCGUCCUGCCCUCAGACCGGCUGACCGUCAGCUUCGUCCAGGACACCUCCAAAUACUGGUACAAGCCCGACAUCGCUCGGGAACAAGCUAUCACGGUCCUGAAGGACAGAGAGCCCGGCUCCUUCAUCGUGAGGGACAGUCACUCGUUCAGAGGAGCGUAUGGACUGGCCAUGAAGGUGUCCACACUGCCGCUGUCAGCUCUGCAGAGCCGGAGAGGAGUGGAUCUGUCCAGUGAGCUGGUGCGGCACUUCCUGAUCGAGUGCUCGGCGCGGGGCGUCCGGCUCAAGGGAUGCCCUAAUGAACCCUACUUUGGUAAGUUCAUCAGACCUGUGACUGACUCGUGCUGCUUUCCCUGUAAACUCAUCAUUCCUGACAGAGAUCCUCUAGAGGACGCUGUCAGCGCAUCCUCACAGUCCAUCACCAACUCUGCGGCUGAGCUCCUCAAACAAGGAGUAGCCUGUAACGUGUGGUUCCUGGGUGCGGUGGAGAUGGAGUCGCUGACGGGGUUUCAGGCGGUGCAGAAGGCCACCGCUGCGGUCCUGAGCGCCGACUCGCUCCCGUCCUCCACCGUAGUGCACUUCAAAGUGUCCUCGCAGGGAAUCACGCUCACCGACAACCAGAGAAAACUGUUCUUCGGGAGACACCACGCUGUUAACACCGUCAUCUUCUGUGCUCUGGACCCACAGGAUAGGAAAUGGAAACAAGAUGGCUGCUCCUCGGCAAAGAUCUUCGGGUUUGUGGCGAGGAAAGCAGGCAGCGGUUUGGAGAACGUGUGUCAUGUGUUCGCGGAGCACGACCCCGAGCAGCCCGCCAGCGCCAUCGUCAACUUCGUCUCCAAAGUCAUGAUCGGCUCUCAGAGGACGUGAUGAACGAGGAGUCCAGACAAACCCUCUGAAAACCUGCAUUCACUGUGUUUAUAUAUUUGUGUAUUGACAGUGUAAGUGUGGUUCACACAGACUACACAGAAUUAUUCUCAUUGGAAAUAAAUCUCAACAUACAUGUUUAUGGACAGUAAUGCUUUUUAAAAUUAUUUCUAGUAUCUUAUGUGUAAUGUAUGUCACUACUGAUGACAUAAAACCAAAAACAUCUUUAUAAUGUCAUUGCAUUUUAGAUAUCUAUAUAUUUAGUAUUUUUUUUAUUUUUUUACAUGCAAAUUUCUAUUAGCCAAGUCGUUUUCUGCAGAAAAAAAAGAUACUUCAUAUAUGCAUAUAUAUAUAUAGAAAGGUUAUGCAUGUGAAAUAGUUUGAGAUGUCUGUAGUCAUGUUUGUCGUCAGAAUCAGUGCUCACAAGGUGAAUGAAUAUGACUGCUCUUGAGGCUUCUGUGAAUCUGUUCUUCAUGUCAUGAUGCUGUUUUUAUAUAAAGUCGUAUGUUGUACAAGAGUAUCUGUAUGAUAGUGUCCAGAGAAUCAGGCUUGGUUUAAUGAUCUGUGUUGUUCUGUGGACUCUUAUAAACUCGUCUGAACAGAUCAUACAUGUGAUAAUGCAUCAGCAGGGAACACAAAUGUGCUGAUGUUCACACAGAUAACUGUUGAGGGCUCUGGUUAUUUAUACUUGAUGUUGUUAAACUCACUGGUGAUUUUCAGAAACUGAAAUGAACCACUCACUCACACAGUCUCUGAAUAUCUGAAAUAUCAUGUUUUUGAAUGUCUGUUCGUGUACUUCAGCUGCUUCCAUCAGUGGCAGAAUCUGAGAAAUAAAGAGUAUACAGACAGAAA